AUGAAGACAGCUUUGAUCAGUACCGGACCAACUGUCGAAAUUGUCGACUCUGAGGUCCCAGAGCCUGGCCCAGGCCAUGUGCUGAUAAAGGUGUUUGUCGCUGGGAGUAAUCCUAAGGACUGGAAAGUUUCUGAAUACCAUGGUCUACAGCGGUUUAACAGCGGCGAUGACAUUGCAGGCGUAGUGCAUGCUGUUGGACCUGGCGUGUCCGAGUUCCAACCCGGUGACCGCGUUGCCUCGAUGCACAACAGCGUGACACCGGCCGGAGCCUACGCUGAGUAUGCCAUUGGCCCUGUUGAUACAACAUUCCGCAUCCCUGAUGGGACAUCGUUGGAGGAGGCAGCAACUAUCCCGCUUGCAGCCCUCACCGCCGCUGUGCUGCUUCAUAGAGGCCUCGACGUGCCUGAGCCAUUCUCAAUCCAUCACGACGCAGUCAACAUGGGUCCCCUCGUCGUGUACGGUGGAGCCAGCGCUGUUGGUGCCUUCGCGAUCCAAUUCGCCAAGCGAAGCGGAUUCAGCCCAAUCAUUGCCGUCGCCGGGCGUGGCAUCUCUUUUGCAACGUCCUUUCUCGACCUCAGCCAAGGCGAUGCUGUUGUGGACUACCGCACUGGCAGCGAAGCCGUGGUUGCGGGCAUACGAGCAGCGUUGAAGGGCGCCAAGUUGAAAUAUGCGUUUGACGCCGUCAGAUCUGGCGGCAGCUAUUUCGAUCUCUGCAAGGUCCUAGAAUCCGACACGGCCGAAGGUGCCAAGGCCUCGAAACUUGUUACCGCACUUCCUAUUCCAAACCUGCAGGAUGCAUCUCACCCUGCCGCAAAGGAAGCUGGCAUUGCAGGUGCAGAGUACUCCGAGUUUCGCCAGCCUCCAGGUGUUGAGACGGUCUCGUUUGGGGUAACCAUGCUGCAUGAUCCCUCGAGCGAACGGAACCGGGAUUUCGGGUAUGUCUAUUCUCGAUACCUAUCCAAAGGCCUUCGAGACGGCUGGCUCAAGCCACACCCAUUUGAAGUACAGCCCGGCGGCUUGAACGGCAUUGAAGAAGGGCUACGCAAGAUCAAGGCGGGAGAGGCAAGCGCAACCAAGUAUGUGUAUAGAAUCAAGGAAACCCCGGGUCUCGAGGCUUGAUGAGCAUUGCAUGGAUUGAGGUCAAGAUAUCAGGCGAUAUUUUGUCUACAAUACACUAUGAUCAUGAUACGAAACAGAGUUUUAGAUUACAUUCUACCAAUGCCUUCUUUAUACAAUCAAUUUAU